CCACACACAAACGCGUAUAAUAUCGUUUGACAGUUUUUUUGCGUUCUGUUUAAAUUUAGAUUUACUCUUUUACAAUUUGCGCGUUAUAUAUUUAUAGUUUAUAUUAAGUGGUUGUGUUAUAUCUGGUGGUUUGAGGUGAGAAUGCACGAUGCGUGUUCACUGGAAGAGAUUGUGUUGUCUUGGCAUUUUGUUUUGGGUCUGUAUGAGUGGAUACGACUAUUAUAACGGAAGUAUAUUGGUUCCCGGAGAGUUCGCUAAAAGCGAUCUAAAUAAAGUAGCAGAAGGGCAAAAAGAAGCUCAAUUUUUGCACUCGUUCCAAACUGGAGAAAACCUUGAAACUGAGUGGUCCUUCUGGACAUACGCGUUAACAUUUUUAACUACCAAUAUAAUUCUUGUAUUGGCGGUACUCUCAAGAAAGUACUAUCCGAAACGCUUGCAAACUACAAAUGAAAUAAUUGCAACAAAUAUGGCCAUUCGAGCCGCGCUUAUGGAUAACAUAGAUGAUAACACUGAAAACAUUGUAAUCAUACAUGAAAAUAAAUAUGACGCGUGUCCAAUGCAUAAAUAUAAAGCUAAAGAUGAAAAUAUGGAACUGAUGAGUGCUACUAAAGAAGUUGUUAGUCUAAAUAAGAAACUGGAGGGUUUAAAUGAAGAAAAACGCAAUUUGACUCGAUUCCUUGCACAAUCCGAAAAGGACAAUCGAAUAAUCAAGCAGAAAAUGAUGGAGGUGUUGCGCGACAAGAACGUACUACUGAAAAGGCUCGAGGCAGCCACGAGGGAAAUUAGAAGCAACACGGUUGCGCGUCAAGCUACCCUUGGUAAGCUGGAGGAGUCCAUUCAAUGUUCGAACCAGUUCAAACAGCAGAUCCAACAGAUGUCCGCCGAAAAGUCCGAGCUUUUACGCAGACUUCGACAAUCGGAGGCACAGUUGAAAACACUGCGACGACAGACCGAUAACAAAAGUGUAAAUAGCAAGAGUAGCUACAAUGGAAUUAAGCUUACAUCACACCCGAAACCAGUAGACUCAACUAAAGACAUCGAACAGAUUGAAAUGAAGCUGCACGAUUUGGAAGCGAGUCUGGAAAAAAUGAAAUGCAAAAGUUCUGAAAAGAAUGAAGACUUCGAAUCUGAAGAUAAUGAUGACACAAGUGACAGUGAGCCGAAGAUCCUGCGUCAGGUUAGUAGCAGUGACAUGAACUUCCUCUCGGAGGUUGAGCCAAGCUACACAAAUCUCCUCGGAAAGUUCGAUUGCGAGCCAGGCGCCGGCGGCCAACAACACCACCAGAUAGUUGAAUCAAUUGCGUCUGCGGUCGUCCCUUACUACGACAAGCAGCAUAAAUUUGCAGUGACGAAUACGUUCGGCAGCGCCCUGUUUAAUAUACUCAGGCUCAUCCAGAAGCAACACUCUGAGUGCAUUAACGUGCUGGUACGACCGCGAGAUCCUGUCAGCGUUAACUAUACCGUAGUUUGCAAUUAUAAGUGUCCAUGUGCGGAACGGUUCGCUACGAACUACUUCGGGGCAUGCGUGUUGAAGAGGACGAACUGCGAGGAGGAACAUGAGCAGUCUGGAUGUCAAGCUAUGGUAAAAUACGCACUGCCAAGAAAUAUUUUAUAACAAUCAAAUUGAGUAUAAAAUAAAAUGAAAUUUUCGUACGAA